AUGCACAUUCACUGCACAACAGUUAGGACACAGCAAAGAGAGAGGACAAAGCGAAAAGAGAGGACAGAGCAAACAGAGAGGACAGAGCGAACAGAGAGGACAGAGCAAACAGAGAGGACAGAGCAAACAGAGAGGACAGAGCAAAGAGAGAGGACAGAGCAAAGAGAGAGGACAGAGCGAACAGAGCGAACAGAGAGGACAGAGCGAACAGUGAGGACAGAGCGAACAGUGAGAACAGAGCGAACAGUGAGGACAGAGCGAACAGUGAGGACAGAGCGAACAGUGAGGACAGAGCGAACAGUGAGGACAGAGCGAAAAGAGAGGACAGAGCGAAAAGAGAAGACAGAGCGAAAAGAGAGGACAGAGCGAAAAGAGAGGACAGAGCGAAAAGAGAGGACAAAGCGAACAGAGAGGACAAAGCAAAAAGAGAGGACAAAGCAAAAAGAGAGGACAAAGCAAAAAGAGAGGACAGAGCGAACAGAGAGGACAGAGCGAACAGAGAGGACAGAGCGAACAGAGAGGACAGAGCGAAAAGAGAGGACAGAGCGAACAGAGAGGACAGAGCGAACAGAGAGGACAAAGCAAAAAGAGAGGACAAAGCAAAAAGAGAGGACAGAGCGAACAGAGAGGACAGAGCAAACAGAGAGGACAGAGAGAACAGAGAGGACAGAGAGGACAGAGCGAACAGAGAGGACAGAGCGAACAGAGAGGACAGAGCGAACAGAGAGGACAGAGCGAACAGAGAGGACACCGCAAAGAGAGAGGACACAGCAAAGAGAGAGGACACAGCAAAGAGAGAGGACACAGCAAAGAGAGAGGACACAGCAAAGAGAGAGGACACAGCAAACAGAGAGGACACAGCAAAGAGAGAGGACACAGCAAAGAGAGAGGACACAGCAAACAGAGAGGACACAGCAAACAGAGAAGACAGAGUGA